AUGUCCGCCAUGCCGGCUGGAGACGGCCAGUCUCCCAUGCCACUUGAUGCACACGUGAGCCGAGAUGCGGUCCCAGAGCUGGUACAGCUCUUCCAAGCCCAGAGCGCUUCCUCCGCGAACUCACAGAGCAGUGGUGCCCGGGAUAUCUUUAAAGCGGGCCAUCGUCGCCUCCGCCAGUUGGCUCACCGUCAGCGAAAGCCGACGGACCCCAGGAGCAAGGCCGAAGAAGCCUCUCGUCAGCUCCUAGCCCUUCAAGAGGAGGGCUUUCUUCCAGUCCCGAAGGCCAAGAAGCCUCUCCCACCAAAGACAGUAUCGAUUCCACCCUGUCAUCAUCUCAGUCUGCUACCAACCUGA